AUGGACAUCUUGGACCAAGAUGCGGACAAUAAUGGCACAUACAUGCCGAUCGUGUCGAGCCCGUCACCCUCCUGCUUGGACAGCAACGCCAACAUAACGGAUUGCCUGACGGAGGAGGUGAAGGAAUGGCUGGAGAAUGAAGUCGUCGGCAUGAGGGUCUGGCAGCUCGUCGGGAUCACCCUCUUCGCCGUGCUAGCCGCUAUGAUAAUGCUGUGCUGCUGCCUGAGAUUCCGGAUACCCAGGACCAAGCAAGAGAUCGAGGCCGAUUUCAUCAGGAAGUCGUUGGCCAGGCUUUUUAGAAAAUUUCUGGACAAGGUUCCCGACAAGGAGAUGGACGGGAUGGAUCUGAGGAAAGCGUUGCUCGGUGUUUUGGAUAUGUUGAAUGCCGAGGGUCGAGACGAGUCGUCCGAGUCGGAAGACAAGAGGGCAAUGUACGAGGGAUCACAUAAGGGAUUUGGAGCCAAAUUGAACGCCAUAUUUCAUUGCAUGAAAAUUCACUACGACAGGGAUGAGUCGGAAGCAUUUAAUACAAUGAUUUAG